UGACGUACGCGUUUCUCGUCGUCUUGAGUUUCUCGAUUCCCGCCAAAAAUUCGCGCGGUAGCCCGCGGUCAUGUUCUCCUGGAUGUAAGAAUUGCGCCUGCGAGGACGCGCGCCGCUUCAUCGCCGGUGUAAGUGCAAGGCUAAUCACGAAGUGCGAACGUCGACGUCGGCGUCGAGACGUCGACUAGUCGGUCGCGGGGCGAGAAAAGUCACGUAGCACGAAGAACACGCGCCCCAGAUGUCCGAGUCGGUAAAAGUAGCGGUAAGAUGUCGGCCUAUGUCCAACAAGGAGCUGCAGCAAGGAUGCCGAAAUGUGGUAACGAUCGAUCCGCUCACGAAAUCCUGCACGUUGGAAAAUUCCGCUGCCACCGGAAGCGGGAAGAUCUACCAAUUCGAUGCCGCCUUCGGCACGUCCGCCACCACGGAAUCGGUGUACGAGAACGUCGGCUCGGUGAUCGUCGAGGCUGUUUUGGAGGGUUACAAUGGCACCGUGUUCGCUUACGGACAGACCGGCUGCGGGAAAUCCUUCACGAUGCGAAGUUUCAUCGAGCGGGCCUUGGAACAUCUGUUCGAAGCGACUUCGACCGCCAGCUCCGAGACGAGGUACUUAGCGUUGCUGAGCUACCUCGAGAUCUACAACGAGCGGCUGCGCGACUUGCUGCAAGACGAUACUGGUGAGAGUCUGACACUGAAGGAGGACCCGACGCGUGGUACCUACGUCGCUGGUGGCUUACGCGAGGUCACGGUGAAGGAUGCUGCCGAGUGCACCGUGCUGGUGCAGCAAGGCGACCAGAGGAGAGCCGCGGCCGCGACAAAGAUGAACGCGGCGAGUUCGCGUAGCCAUGCAGUGCUGACGUUGUCGCUGGAGGCGAUCGCCAUCAAUGACGAUGACAAACACGGCAACGCCAUCAGGAGAGGCCGGCUGCACUUGGUCGAUCUCGCCGGCUCCGAAAGACAGACCAGAACCGGCGCAACCGGCGAUCGCUUGAAGGAAGCUGCCAGCAUCAAUCUCAGCUUGUCCGCGCUGGGAAAUGUCAUCAGCGCCUUGGCUGCCGGUAACGGACGCCAUGUUCCAUACAGGGACAGCAAGCUGACGAGGUUGCUGCGUGACAGUUUGGGCGGCAACGCACGUACGCUGAUGAUCGCGUGCGUAAGUCCAAGCGAUGUCGACGCUGAAGAGACGUUAAGCACACUGCGCUACGCGGCCCGUGCGCGUUGCAUCAAGAACAAGCCGGUGGUGAACGAGGAUCCAAAGGAUGCGCUGUUGAGGCAGUACCAAGUGGAACUUCAGCGUCUGCGAGAGAUGCUGCACUCGAGCGAUCAAUCGACCAUGGGAUCGGACUCUCAACGGGAAGCAGACGAGGAGGCAGACAGUUUAAGGGAGAAGCAAUACCUCGAAGAAGUGGAGAAGCUGAGGAAAGAAUGCGAGAACUCGAACUUGUCAGCCCAAAAGCUGAAGGAAGAGCUGGAAGCGCUCAAGUCCCGUCACGAGUCGGAAUUAAAUGAUGUCGCGAAGAUCAAUGCCACGCCGGAGAACCAAGUCCUGGACGAGUUGGACAAGGAGCGAGCGGAGAGGCGCAGGAAGAAAAGGGAGGCAGCGAUGCAAGAUGUUCUGAAGAAGCUAGAGAAACUGACGAUCGGCGGCGAGGAGAUCGGCAACACGGAGCUGAAGAAGCGCAGGGAGAGGAGGAGGAAGAGGCUGGAGGCUCUCGUAGGAGCCCUCGAGGACAACGACGCCAACGGUAGUGUCUUCCAGGUCUACGGUCAAUUAAGGUCGACAGAGGACGCGUUGAAGAGGAUGACCAAGAAGGUGAAACAGCUGGAGGCGGAAGCGGCGGACCUCCAGGCGUCAUGGGACGCCGAGCGUCGGGACCUGCUACGCAGAGAACUACUCACGUCGCAGCUGUGCGACCUGAUGGUGCCGCAGCUCCGUCCGGGUUGUCCCUUUCGUGAUAUCGUUGCGGUGAGAGCGGCGGCGACGUGGUGCGACGAGCUCGGCCGGUGGCGUCUACCAGACGUAUCGCCGCAUAUCCCCCUGCCCCCGGCCCCCGUGUCGACGCAGAGGGACGUUCUCCACCCCGCGGGGAUCUCGCCGGCCAAGGCGGAUCUCAACAACAACAGCAACGGCAGCAACGACGAUGACGAGAUCGCUGAGGAGAACAACGACGUCGAGGAUACCAAUAGGAGCGGCGAAAGGAAGAAAUUCGAUAUCGCGGACAUUUACUUCCGUAGAAGGAGGGUGGACACCCUCCUGGCGCACGCCAGGGAGGUGAAGAACAGAAAAUUCGAGCUAGGCAGCCGGUUGAGCAGGUCCGGCGGUUCCGAGGAUGCGGCGCCCAUCGCGGGCGGCUACUUGCAACUGAACGCCUUGAACCUGCAAAGCAGCGCACCGGUACUCGGCGAAAUUGGUAGCGGUAGUUAUAGUCCGAGCCAGCGACGAUCUGCGAUACGGGGCGGUUGGGUCGACGAACACCUGCCUAACCGGACCUACAACUCCUUCGUUGGUACCGUAAAGAAACAUCCGCCUCGCAUUCUGGAAGCUUUGCCCUCGUAUCCGCAAGGCAACGCACCCUUGAAGUCCUCCGUCGACGAGACAUCCUUAAAGGGAGUAUCCGAGCGAGGUCUACCAUCGAGAUUGAUACCCGAUAACGACGAUUACACCAAUCGUCAUCAUCCGUUCCACAUAGGACACACUUGCUCGCCAACUUACUGACGAGUGAGCCGAUAAUUUCGCCGAAGAUCCGGGACUGUGGCUGUGUUGAAGAUACUAAUAGAGAAGCUGUAUACGAGAUUGGAGAAGUAAGGCGAGAGAUCAGGCAGAGAAAGGUCAAGGCGCUGACGUCCACGGCGGAGCUGUUGCCUCAACAUCAAUUGACCAAAUAUAAAUCAUGAGAAACCGUGUUUUCACUGUUAGUAUGUUUAUGGCGUGAUCUCUUUUCUUUUUAUCUCUAAAUCUCAGCGAUGUGUGUAAAUAUUGCUCACGCGUUUCCAAAAAGCGUCGCUUCUCAUUUACAUUUUAUAUUCCUGCAUCCUAGGAGAAGCCUGCGACGUUUAAGACACUUCUCUAAUCGAGAUUUGAUUUUUGCUAUGAUGUUACGAGAACGAGCAGUGAGAUUUCUGCUCGACAGCGAUAUUUUUGUAUCACUGAUAAUGCGCGUACAAAUUUUACGACGAGGCCUUUUCUCACGUACCUGAUCUGCCUCAUUUAACAGGCCUAAAAGUGAGAGUUCAGAAAAGAAACUGCGAAACAAUUUCAUGCGGAUAUAUAGAACGUGCACAUACUGAGUGGCGUGCGAUGAAGCAACUGGAUCUGACACAUUCGCUGCUCAAAAUAACAGCCUUUAAUAACAGAAAAAGAAAGAAAAUUAAUAAGUAAAACAUUAAUAUUACUUUUAUCUUAUUACAACUUAAGGCGAAUUAUUAUUAAGAUAAUACUGAUAAUAAUAUCGAGACAAAUUAUCGAAUAUAAUACAGUAUUUUUAUCGUUUCUUUUUAUUACUGCCAGAUAAAAAUUAUCAGGCUUCUCAUUCGAAAAGAUUUUAUGAAAAUAUUAAAAACUUGUUAUUUAUUUUUAUUCAACUUUAAGAUUCUUGUAUAUCCUCGUUUAUUCCUUAUUUAUUUAUUUAUUUACACAUGAAAAACACUCAUUAAUAUAUAUUAUAUAUAUAUUAUAUGUAUUAUUCUAUUUAUUUAUUAUUUAUUUAUUAGUUGUGUAUAUUAUUCGAUUUAUAUCUAUUUAUAUUUAUUGAUAUUUAUUUGUUUACAUAUGAAAAUCUAUUAACACGCAUUGAGUGUUCAGAAUUAGUGUAGAGUAUCUAAAAAAUGAUACAAUAGAUUAUAAACUCUUGCUAUAUUAGUAUCUUUUAAAUCUUGUCCAUAUUAAUCUCACGAGAGAUUGUCUCUGCUUGUUCGCGCACGCCACCCGGUACGACGUUCGCUCGACCAUCUCGCCGAAUAGAGUAUCCGAAAUUCAUCGUGCCCAGUCGGAUCGUAAAAACGAGAUAUCGAGAGAAACUACGGGAAGGAAAGCCGUUAAACGUUAAAUGUCGGCGGUUCCGCGAAUCAUUCACGUCGGCCAACUCGACUCGCUGGAUACCACCGUCGAUAUCACGUAGUUACGGCGAUCCAGUCUAUUGUCGGAUGUAGACCGCCAUUGUGUCGGAUCGUCCUUCUCGAUUUCUCCGGUCGAGCGCUUUUUACCCUCGCUGGAAGGCAGUCUGAAGGACCAAAGUCGGCGUGAGCGUUACUCCUAAGCCGCCAUGUACAUUAUGUGUACAUAUCUAUUGUAAAUACAUAUCUCUAUUAUAAAGUGUAGCGUGUUCACGAUUCUCCUUUGAUAUCCACGUUAAGUGCGCGUUUUAAGGGCCAUCUAUAGUGGGAUUGGCAGUAGGCAGUACACCGUAAGCAAUAAACAAAUUGACAAAUCACAGUCGAUUACUAUAAGAAUAAUGAUGACGGUGAUUGAUCAAUUUGUUCACUGUUUACGUCUUACUGUCUGCUGCCGACGUAGUCGUAAGAACGUACUUAUUAGUACGUGGAAUCGUUUUUCUUCGUACACAGACUGGCAUAAUAGCCUGAGGUUAAUAUCUCGCUAGCAGGCUUAACCUACAACAACAAGAAGGCACAACAGCCGCAAUACACAGUACAAUUACAGAGGUAUAACUAAUAUUCUCUAACAGCCGGCAGCGUCAUACACUUUACGAGCUGCUUGUACAAUUUUCAACCUUAUGUGUAAGGUUACGUAUAUUCGUUACGU